AUGUUUGUGUUGGCGGCGCUGUCCGCGGUGUUCUCGGGACUGAACUUGGGGCUGAUGUGCCUUGAUGCCAACCAGCUCAUGCUUCUAGACAAGGCUGCGCAAAGAGAAGAUGCGGACAAGGAGACGAAGCAGCAAGCGGCUUGGGCCAGAAGGAUUCUUCCCAUCCGGAAGGAUGGGAACUUGCUCUUGUGCACCGUUCUGUUGGGGAAUGUCAUGGUGAACUCCUACUUCGCCAUUCUGCUGGGAGAGCUCUGGUCGGGCACCGCGGCCUUCGUGGCCAGCACGCUGAUCCUGGUGACCUUUGGGGAGAUCAUCCCCCAGUCCGUGUGCUACAAGCACGGCCUGCGCAUCGGCGCGGCGUCGGUGCCCUUGGUCACCUUCUUCUGGUACCUGCUGCUGCCGAUCUCCAAGCCGCUGGCCUUGGUGCUGGACCGAAUCUUCGGGGAGGAGAUCGGGCAGGUGCUGAACAGGCAGCAGUUCAUGACGCUCAUCGAGUACCAGCGGAAGCAGGCACCCCACUUGCUCUCGGAGCAGGAGGCCAAGAUCCUGCGGGGCUCGCUGGACUUCUCCACGAUGACGGCCAAGAGCAUCAUGGUGCCCAUGACGGAAUGCUUUUGCUUGGACGCGCAGGCUGUGAUCAACCCAGGCCUGAUUGCUGCAGUGGCCAAAGCAGGCUACUCCCGGAUCCCCGUGAUCGACCGAGACCUGCUGAGCCCCAAGAAGCAGUUUAAGGUGGUGGGCCUAAUCCACGUGAAGGACUUGCUGCUGCUGGAGGUGGACCACGAGGUGUCGCUGAGGGCGUUGUUGCCGCUGAUUGGGCGCCAGGUCUUCAUCGUGGACGACGACCGGCCCUUGCCGCAGCUGCUGGAGGAGUUCCGCAGAGGCGCCAGCCAGCUGGCGGUGGUGCGGGGCAUCGUGAGCGACGAGGACUGCGACCCCUACUUCCGGCACGUGGGCAUCCUCACGCUGCAGGACCUGCUGAACACCAUCGUCCAGGAGGACGUGCACGAGGUGGACGCGGACGACGUGGCCUCCGCGGUGAGCAGUGAGCCCAGCGGCAUGUUCUCCAACGUGCGGCGCUUCCACGAGGACAGCACCGCCGUGAGCUACGUGGCCUGCGUGGCCCGGCACGCCAAGGUGGCGCGAGGCCUCUCCAGGGACGAGGUGGUGGCGGCGGCCGCGUUUCUGCGGCAGCGCUACCCCGAGCUCUUCCCCACGGAGCAGCAGAGGCUCGAGUCCUUUCUGCACCGCUGCGAGGUGGUGGACAGCCAGGGCGCCGCACUCUUCCGGCGCAACGAGGCGGCCCACCACGCCGUGCUGGUCGUCGCCGGGGAGGUGAAGGUCUUCGCGGGCCAGGAGGCCCACGAGUCCAUCCAGGGCCCCUGGAGCUUGCUGGGCAGGCGAUGCUUGGAACUCGCCAAAGUCAGGGCGACGGAGUGCGAGGCCGAGAAGAAGGUGUACCACCCCGACUUCAGCGCCUACACCGCAGAGACCAAGGAUGGUGUUUGCGGCUCCCGGCUUUUGCUCAUCACGGCAGAAGCAUACUUCAACCUGCUCUCAGGGCGCACCGGUCUGCUGAGCCUGUGA